GUUCACCUGUACUUUCCCAAGAACUGUUUCUCUUUUCUUCUCUCCCCCUCACACAUGCAUGCACACACUUGAACACACAUAAAAGGCUGCAGUCCUGCUCUCAGCUCAGUGUUGAGUGAGCAGGUGAUGUGCCAGGACGUCCAUUUAGUCACAGAGGACUCACAGUUUCUGCGGGCUGCACACGGGACAGUUUGAAUUACCCUCUGAGUAGCUUUGUUUCUUGGUUUUCUGGGAAAAUGUCAGGGGGGUCUGUGGCGGUUGCUUCCUUCGCAGUGGCAGACUAUGUGGUGUUUGCUCUCAUGCUUGUGGUGUCCGCCGCCGUCGGGUUCUACUACGCCUGGACUGACAGGAGUCAAAGCAGCUCUGGGGACUUCUUGACGGGGGGCCGCAGACUGACGGCCCUGCCCGUCUCCCUGUCCCUGACCGCCAGCUUCAUGUCAGCCAUCACAGUGCUGUCCAACCCAGCCGAGGUCUACCGCUAUGGCGCCAACAUUGGUUUUUAUGCCCUGGCCUAUGCGCUGACCAUGCUGGUCACUUCGGAGGUAUUCCUGCCAGUCUUCUACAAACUGGCCAUCACCAGCACCUAUGAGUACCUGGAGCUGCGCUUUAAUAGAGCCACCCGUCUGCUGGGAACGCUGCUCUUCAUCGUUCAAACGAUCCUUUACACUGGGAUUGUCAUUUAUGCUCCUGCUCUUGCCUUAAACCAAGUGACCGGUAUGGAUCUGUGGGGCGCCGUCAUUUCAACAGGAAUAGUUUGCACCUUUUAUUGCACAAUGGGCGGUCUCAGAGCCGUGGUGUGGACCGAUGUCAUUCAGCUUGGUGUCAUGCUGGCAGGCUUCUUGGUUGUCAUCAUCCGAUCUGUGGUCGUACAAGGCGGCGUCCUUAACAUCAUCUCUGACUCACAUCAAGGAGGACGACUGAACUUCCUGGACUUCGAUCCAAACCCCCUGAGGAGAAACACCUUCUGGACUUUAAGCAUCGGGGGGACUUUUAUCUGGAUCAGCGUGUACGGGAUCAACCAGGCCCAGGUUCAGAGAUACAUCUCCUGCAAGAGCGUGACUCACGCCCGACUAUCUUUGUACAUGAACUUGCUGGGCCUGUGGUCCGUCUUGCUGUCUUCAGUGUUUGCAGGAAUGUGUCUUUACUCGGUCUAUAAAAGGUGCGACCCGUGGACCACAGGACUGAUCUCUGCUCCAGAUCAGCUGAUGCCUUAUCUGGUGAUGGACAUCCUGGGAGAUUACCCAGGUCUGCCUGGACUCUUUGUUGCAGCUGCAUACAGUGGAUCUCUAAGCACAGUGUCGUCCAGCAUCAAUGCACUGGCUGCAGUGACCAUCGAGGACCUCAUCAAACCGCACACAAACCUGUCGGAGAAACAGCUCUCCUGGUUGUCGAAGGGGAUGAGUCUUUUGUUUGGAGUCUUGUGCAUUGGGAUGGCCGGGAUCGCCUCACUCAUGGGGGGGAUCUUGCAGGCGACUAUCAGUAUCUUUGGGGUCAUCGGAGGUCCUUUACUGGGUUUGUUCACGCUGGGUAUCCUCUGUCCGUUCGCAAACUCAAAAGGAGCUUUGUCAGGUCUGCUGGCAGGGCUCACCAUUUCUCUUUGGGUGGGCAUUGGAGCUCAGAUUUACCCUCCCCCAGCCGAGAUGAGUCGACCUUUGCCCCUGAACACUGAGGGCUGCAACUUCACCGUAACAAACAACCAUAGCUUGGCGUUUUCUCCUUUCCCAGAGCAACCAAACGUCACCACGACCCUGAUCCACACCAGUGACAGGCCUGCGAUGGCAGACUGGUACUCCCUGUCCUACCUGUACUUCAGUCCUGUUGGAACCAUGACGGCCAUCUUUGUAGGACUGAUCGUCAGCAUUUUAACAGGAGGAUGUAAACUGCGAGUGGAACCGAAGCUCAUGCUACUGAAAGAGGACACAACUUUCUACCACCUCAUGAAGCGUUUCGAGGGAGGCGUGAAGAAACGAAGCGGGAAACUGAAGCUGAAGAACCAGGAGAAGAAAUCUGGGAAUGCUAAUCCUGCUUUUAUUGAUUUUGAGCUGGAUUUAACAAAAAUCAGCUCCAGGGAGUAAAAACAAAAGAUGUCGUAUUUGUGCUUUAAAUAUAAAUAUUAUGUUUUUGAGCAAAGAAUAUAUGCAUAGAAAACUAAUAUGGAGCUUUGCUGCCGUAGGUAAAGUAAAUUGUUUGUAACAAUAUCUGUUUUUAUUGAGCAAACUGAGCAAUCUUUUUUAGGAAAUGGUCAUAAAAUCAAUGAAAAGUUCUACUAAGGAGCUUUGGGCUGCAGUGAUGUGUUUUUGUUUGUCUAAAAUCAUAUUUUAGGCUUAUUUGGACAACAACAAAAUGUAAAAUUAUUUGUUGUUCAAAACUUAAAAUGUUUUUUCCCCCAUCAUUUAAAAAUAAAAUAUAAUUAAUUUAGGAGUGUCUAAUCAUUUUCCUGUUAGGACGCACAUUUUAAAGGUACUUUCACAUAAAUAAAGUAUUUAUACUUUUUGAUAACUAUUGCAUUAUUGAACUUUUUGAACAGUGUUAAUGUGUACUUUGAAAAGUUGUGUACAUUUUGAGUACAAAAUAAAUUGUUUCAUGUAAUAAUUUGGAUGUUUAAAAUGUAUUUGACCUAAAAAUGUUUUUAUUCUUCCCUUAAGGUUUGUUAAAUCCCUUUUUAUAUUUGUUAUUUUAUUUGUAUUUUUAAUUUUAAUAUGACUACUUUUAGAGUUUUGUACAAUCUAAUAGUGAAAUAAUUCUUUUGCUCUCAUUUAAAAAAAUGACUGAAUUUGAAAAUAAAUAAAAUUUGGCUUUAUAAA